CCGCCGUAGCGUCUAACCGGCGCAUAUGCUCGAUGUUCAAAUAAGUGGCGUGCGCUGAGUCAAAGUGUGUAUCAGUUAAGUGUUUGGAAGCGAGCGAAUCCUCAACAUGUCUGUUCAAGCAACGAACCCCAACAACCCCAUCGUGUUCUUCGACCUCACCAUCGGAGGGCAGGAUGUCGGACGGAUGAAGAUCGAGCUGUUUGCUGAUGUGGUUCCAAAGACGGCAGAGAAUUUCCGGCAGUUCUGCACUGGAGAAUUCAGGAAGGAUGGAGUCCCUAUUGGUUUCAAAGGCUGCACAUUCCACAGGGUGAUCAAAGGUUUCAUGAUACAAGGAGGGGACUUUGUAAAUGGGGAUGGCACUGGUAUCUGCAGCAUCUAUAGGGGUCCCUUUGCAGAUGAAAACUUCAGAAUGAAGCACUCUACGCCUGGUCUCCUGUCCAUGGCAAACAGUGGUCCAGGAACAAAUGGCUGUCAGUUUUUCAUUACCUGUACUAAAUGUGACUGGUUAGAUGGGAAGCAUGUUGUUUUCGGAAAAGUGGUCGAUGGUUUGCUGAUGGUGAGAAAAAUUGAGAAUGUCCCCACGGGGCCAAACAACAAGCCCAAACUCCCCAUCCUCGUCGCACAGUGUGGAGAGAUGUGAUCAGCUUGUUCACAACAACCAGUGUAAAAACUACACAUCCUCUGUAAUCAUGAUGUUGUGUCUAAAUGUUGUUUGAUACUCCUCAGCAAAUGUCAACCUGCAUAGCUUUACCUAUGAAGGACAUUAUAAAGUAAGGUAGAUCAUUUUGGCCAUUUUCUUCGACCUAGUCCGCACUUAAAGCUGCAUCUAAACCCAAAUAAGAUGAGUCACAUCUCAGGUGGGUGUUUAUAACGUGGGUUUUAAAUUAAUUCAGUGGAACUUCAUGUUCAGUGCUGUGGUUGACAGUUUGUGUAUCCCGUGACUGAAAAGAGGGAAUUUGUAGGCAUGUUGAAAAAAUCGCAUUUCUAAUUCAAAUACACUGUCAUUUAUUUUCAAUAAACUGUUUUACAUUUUUUAUACA